CUUGUCUGUUCCUUUCAGCCUGGGACACAAGAUUGGAGAACCAGAAAUUAGUGGAACAACAGGAAGCAUCAUCCGGCACAUUUGUGGGGAGAGGAAAUAUUCUUCAGAAUGACCUGGUGGAGGAGGGUCCUGUUGAGGAAUUCAGGCUGUGGGAGCAAAUGGCAGAUCUUGCAAUGGAAGCUCCAGAGGAAGUCCUUUCCCAAGAAGGGGACUUCAGUGAAUUGACUCUCCUUCCCAAGGAAACCUCCAGUGCUCAGACAGGCGAGGAAUAUAAUGACCUUGAGAGCAAAUCCAGGCACACGAGCUCAUGGUAUCAUAACAGAAGCAGGAAUCUCUCCUAUUACCAGCCAACUUUUAUUCCACAUCAGAGACUACAGAGCACUGAGAGAGCCUCUGAAUGUGAGGACUAUGGAAAGGCUGUUAGCCAGAACUCACAUCCUGUCCAACCUCAGAGUGUUCAUACUGUAAAGAAACCUUUUGAAUGUAAGGAAUGUGGAAAGUGUUUUAGCUGGAGUUCAGGACUUAUUGAACAUCAGAGAAUUCACACUGGAGAGAAACCAUACAAAUGUAAAGAAUGUGGGAAGGCCUUCAGCCAAAACUCAACUCUUACUCGCCAUGACAGAAUUCACACUAGAGAGAAACCAUAUACAUGUAAGGAAUGUGGGAAGGCUUUUACCUACUCUUCAUCCCUUAUUAAACAUAACAGAAUUCAUAGUGGAGAAAAACCCUAUGAAUGUAAUGAAUGUGGGUCAGCCUUCAGGCAUAGGUCAUAUCUCACUAAACACCAGAGAAUACACAAUGAAGAGAAACAUUAUAUAUGUACGGAAUGUGGAAAGGCUUUCAUACGGAGCUCACACCUUCUUCAACAUCAUAAAAUUCAUACUGGAGAGAAACCUUAUAAAUGUAAAGAAUGUGGGAAGGCCUUCAUCCAGAUCUCAGCCCUUAUUAUGCAUGAAAGAAUUCACAGUGGAGAAAAACCUUAUAAAUGUGAGGAAUGUGGAAAAUACUUCAGUCAGAGCUCCAAUCUUGCUCAGCAUCAUAAAAUUCAUACUGGAGAGAAACCUUAUAAAUGUAAAGAAUGUGGGAAAGCCUUCAGCCAGAGCUCAGCCCUUACCACACAUGAAAGAAUUCACAGUGGAGAGAAACCUUAUGAAUGUGAGAAAUGUGGAAAAUCCUUCAGUCAACGCUCAAACCUCACUCAACAUCAGAGAAUCCACAGUGGAGAGAAACAUUAUCAAUGCCAUUGAUGUUCACUCAGAGGAAGAACCUUUACUGUCUGAGGAUUCAUACUGGAGAAAUGCUCUGUAGAAAUGUAAUGACCAUGGGACAACUUUCACUUUGGAGAAGUCUUAUUGAAAAUUGUAAACACCACUCUGGACAGAAACCCUAAGAAUCCAAGAAAUGUAGAAAAGCCAUCAAACAGUGGUCUCCCCUGCUCCACCAUAAGUGAACUUGUUCUGGAGGGAUUCCUAUAAAGGUAAAGAUUGUAGUAUUGUGAUUUCAUGAUGUGUUGUGGCAGAACUGUCUCAAAAUGCAGUCAGACCACCUCUAAUCCAUGCAUAGGCAUUCAUUGAGAUGGACAUCUCUCAUGAAGCAGGCUAAGUUCCAAGAGGAACCAGCAACUUUAGUGAAAGUAAGAUAGAUUUGUAUAGGGUAAAGAUGUAAUUACAUAACAGAAAUUAUGAAUAUUAAAAAGGCAGGAGCAGUUUGUUAAGGGAUUGUAUAAUAGGGGAGGGGUCCCAGCCUUAGUGGAACUCUACAUGUGAUUUCCGUCAAUGUGUACAGAAAAGCCCAUGUAUGUAGUAUGUGUGAUAAUGAUAUUAUAAUAAGCCUCUACGUAUAUGAUAAUAAGCCUCUCUAAAUUCACCUAAAGGACAACUUUUGCUAUUACUGUGCAGGCGCCUACUUAGGGAAAAUCCCUUCUAUUGUUUUGGGGUCCACAUCCUGCUCGGGCAUCCUGGUGGUGCUGCUUUCUGAUUGGCUGACUAUUGUGGUCCUGUCUUAGACUAGAUGGAUGUGGUUGUGUUUGAGUGCAUGGACACAUCUGCUGUUUCUGGGGGAAAUAUGAGUUCAUGGACACACCUGUUGUUCUAGUGAGCAGUGACGCACAUGUGAGGAAGUUAGGAUAAUGAGCAGUAGUGGGGGAGGGCAGUGGCUAGGUAGGGGCAGUGGGCCUGCUGUUCAGUGGGGCCUAUAAGGAAGUUGGGAUAUUGGGGCUGGGGCCAGCUUUAUUAGGAUUCCAUCAGUAGGAAAGGGAUAAGUGGCCAUGUCUAAGCUUAGCUUUCCUGCAUCACCACAGAACAAGAAAUGUGCCACAUAAAAUGAUACAAAAUGUUUCAAUUAUAUAAAUGAGAGGAAGAGACAGAAAGCCCCAUAAGGAAAAUCCUACAGAAAGGCCAGCUAAAAGACAGAAGUAUUGACUAAACAGAAAACUCCUAGUAUUCUAAAUAGAUACUACGGGCAAAAAAGUUCCAAGAAAUCUUGGAGGAGGAGGAAGUAUAUUGUGAUAGCAAUUAUAAAUCCCCUGAAAUGAGAAUACAACUAUUGCAAGAAGCCUGAUGUCCACCAUAGUUAAGAAACUUUUAAAGGAUUAAAAGGAGGCAGCAUGGUAUGUUCUUUAGAGAUCUGGCCCCAGAAUUAGGAAAAUUUGGAUUUAAGUCCUGUCUCUGAUACAUGCUAUCUAUGGCUGUGUGCAAUUCACCUAAUCAGUCAAUCAAUAAACACCAAAUGCCUACUAUGUGCCAGGCACUGUGCUAAGUGCUGAGGA